AUUCCUAAACAUGUAAUGCAGGAAUGCUGCCUCUUGUCCCUGCUAGAGAUCUCUAAUGGCUUCCUCUUCUUCUUCCCUCUCCCUCCCAUUUCAGUCUUACUACCGAAAGAAUUGUGGUCCAGAGACAUUGAUAGAAGGGACCCGAACUCACAGCUCAGUCUUGAACAAGGACCUGGUGACAGCUGCUCUCAAGAAAGCCUGACCUGGCCACCCUCUUCCUCAUCUGAUGCUUGGAGAAGUAAUGAUGGAGAAAAUACCACCCUCAUCCAGGGAAACCAAACUGAGAAUCAUCAAUUCUCCAUCCCUCAUAUUCACAAUGCUAUGAGUUUAUUUGAAAAUGGACUAUCAGAAGACCUCAAUGAAAGAGUAAAGAUUAACCACUUGAGAGGAGAUACUACUGGCAACGACAUUGAUGAACUGCAAAGGCCCCAAGCAGCCAUAUCGCCAGGCCCAGGUUCUGAGCUGGAGGAGUCCUGUGAACUAGAAGUCCAACUGAGUGACAGAGAUGCAGGCCUGGAGCCUCACAUCCCAUUGCCCUGCAGCAACGAAAGAGCAGAGCUACCCAGCCAUGGAAUCAAAAUUCGUCCUUGUUCUGUGAAUCUGGUAAAUAUAAAGCAAGAAAAUUCUUCAAUUUUCUUGAGUGGUGAACAUCAGACCCACACAAGGACCAAUCACAAUCAGGCCUCUGCAGUAAUAGAUCUUACCAGAGAUGAUUCUGAGGAUGAAAACAGCUGCUCAGAGGAAUCAACCUCAGUCACCUGCCAGUCAAAACCUAUAAAUUCCAGAAAUCCUCCUACAUCCAUAAACAUACAUAGGAGAAGAGAUACGUCUGAUUCUGAGAGCUUGAGCACCAGGAAAAGACAAAGAAGGACAAGUCCGAGAGAUCCCAGACAAAACAAUGUGGAUUUUAACUGUUAUGAGCUUCCGGUAACGUGUGGUACUGCUAAGGGAACUCUGUAUAAGGAGAAAUUUGAGCAAGGCAUCCAUGAGAAGAGUAUACAGACUGAGAAUGGAGAGUGGCUCACUCUCAGGGAGUUUGAAAUCAGCGGAAACCGUGAAAGAUCCAAGAAAUGGAGGCAAAGCAUACGUUGUGAUGGCUAUGUCCUGGAAGAUCUGAUAAAGAAUGGAUCUCUACCAAACCCACUAAGGACAAAGGAAAAGGACAGGAGACCCGGGAUGUGUGGCAAUGACAACAGAGUACAUGAACGGCCAAUUCAGGACUCUGCUGGCAGCACCCCUUCAGUUCUUCACGCAACAGAGGAAAGAGGACUUUCCAGACCUCCCAGAGCACAUGCGGAUAAACAAAAUCAAGAGCAGGCUAAACUAGAAGGCAUACCACUCACUACAACGUUUUGUGGAGAACAGUCGCCUCAUCUUUCAGAACCACAGCAUUCUCAUAAAAACAGCAAGCUCAACAAUCUUGGAGACACAGUGGGAAUCCGAUUUGCGAAGACUUUGAAAAGAAAAUUUUCAACCAAUGAUACAAACCAACAACCUCAACAGUAUAAGCACAUAGUUUUGUUCUCAUAGUCCUUUGUAUUCCGUCCACCAUCACCCAUCCCUCCAGCCGCCGACUGCACAGAGCUCAGAGAGCCCACCCUCCCCUCUGCCCUUCUGUGUAAAUGCCCUGCCAACCUUCUACUCCUGACUUUCUGUAUCAUCCUUCCUGUUCAGUUAUCCUCCAAAAUAAAACUUUGCAAUGUACAUCACAA